GGAGCGGAGAGGCGUCCCGACACCACAACCACACCACCACACCGCCGUGCCUUCUCUCAGAUCACACCGGAGGAAAGCCGCAUCAGCGGAGGAACAUGCUGUCUCUCCGGCCGUCUCAUUAACUCAUCCGCCCCGAUAAACAAGGCUACUCAGCGGGCUUCAACACCCUGAACCACCGGCAGGACCCCCGAGCUGCAGAGGGAGAAUUUAAAAAUAUAUAUCUUGUAUCGACGGCCUGUUGGAUUUGCAGCCAUGGGCAGCAAGACCCUGCCAGCACCAGUCCCUCUCCACCCAUCCCUCCAGCUGGCUAACUACUCCCUCCUCCAAAGCUCCACAGGCCUCCAGCUGCCAUCAGAUCAUUUUCACAGCAUCUACAGCUUCAGUGCCCUACACGCCAUCCACCUCCACCAGUGGACCCUUGGCUACCCACCUUUGGCCCUGCCCCGCUGUACCAUCUCCAAACUGCCUGCCCAGUUCUCUUCCAUGGCCUCUAUCCCCAUGUUCCCUCACCUCCUGCAGCCCAAACAGGACACAGCUGGGCUGCUGCAGAGCUCCAAGAACAAACCCCGCUUUGACUUUGCCAACCUUGCUGCAGCAGCCACCCAGGAGGAUCAUCUGAAGGCAGAAGACCUGAGUAUGACGGGUGCUGCUGCUGCCGCUGCCGCAGCACAGGCUUCAUCUCACCAUCCAACUGCAGCCAGCCUGGGAUGCCUUCUGGAUGUGACCAAACUCUCCUCACCGGAGCGCAAGUCCAGCCGAGGCCGACUGCCCUCCAAGACCAAGAAAGAGUUUGUCUGCAAGUUCUGUGGCCGUCAUUUUACCAAAUCCUACAACCUUUUGAUCCAUGAGAGGACGCACACAGAUGAGAGGCCGUAUACCUGUGAUAUCUGCCACAAGGCCUUCAGAAGACAGGACCACCUCCGGGACCACAGGUACAUUCAUUCCAAAGAAAAGCCCUUCAAAUGUCAGGAGUGUGGGAAGGGCUUCUGUCAGUCCAGGACACUGGCUGUCCACAAAACAUUACACAUGCAGGUCAAGGAACUAAAGCCAGCCAAGAUCAAGUGAUUCACUGUGCCAGCAGGGAAGGGACGGGGACACUGGAAAAACACGACCAAAGACAACAGCAGCCAAAGAACAACCAAAGACUUCUUCAUCUCAGCCGUUGGAGGCAGAGCGCUCUGCUUCUGUGGGAAUACUCCUCAAGGAUGAAAAUAUUUCACCAGCCAGUUCUUAAAGGAAUAAUGCAGAAAUAAGCCUUAGUUAUCAAAGCCUGACUUGGCAGUGGAUGUGUGGAAUGUGAAAUGAAAAAAAAAGAAAAAAAAAACUUGUGGCUGCUCAGUGCAAAUACUUUGCUCAGAAGCUUAUAAUCCAAAGACUUUAUAAAAGGGACACAACUCUUAUGCAACAUUUUUUGUACAAAAACUGAGAAUGAUCAAAGCCAUGUUAACACAUUUUCCUCCUUUUCAAUAUCACAUCCCAAUGUUAUUUUUGUACAGAUGCAUUAUAUCAAAAAUGUAUUUUUGCACUUUAACCUGAUUAUUGAUUAUUUACAUAUAUCACUGGAUUUCUU